AUGGUCAUAUGUGUGGAUUUGGUCUCUAUUUCAAGCGAUUUUGAGGAGGUGGAAACUCUUCUGCAGUGCAACCUGUCCUCUCUGUGCUGUCACCUGUCAGACUGGCCGUCUCUGCUGUGUGAAUAUCAAGAACCCAGGGCUGUCCAGUACUGCCUGGUGAUGAUGCUCUUCCUGGCUCUAAAGCAAGGAGACAGGCUGCUCCCGGACCAGGCCGUGUUCUCCAGUGUGGUGGUGCUGCUGCAGUCGGUGCAGGAGCAGGGCGACUGCGUCCUUCCCCGCUCUGUUCUCCGCUCUGCCCUCUACUUGCUGGCAGUGACCCAAGACAGGAGCCCGAGUCUCAACGGGGCUCAUUUGAAGACGGUUAGCAAAGCGCUGUUGUCCUGCCAGAGCUUCGCCUCCCUCUACAGCCACCACCCUGCGCUGCUCCACUUCAUCUGGCGCUAUCCAGAGCUAGCGCAGAACUAUGGAGCCCUGGUCCUGGAGCUCUGGUUGGCCAAGAAAUCGCAGACAGCAGCAAGGCAGGACACGGCAGGUGUGCAGCAGAGUAAUGUAAACACAGGAAGCCAAACACAUCAGCAGGAGCAGAAUCAGGAGCCAGACUGGGAAACCUCAGAGCUGCUGGCUCUUAUGGAGAAAUACCCAAAUGUGAUGCUGACCCUUUUGGACAUGGUUGUUGUCGGCGGAGAAGCUCCUGUUGCAGAACAUGUCCUGCAUGUGCUAAAGGUUCUUUUGCUUGGACAAAGAGAGUUUGCGACAGAUUUGUGCACAAGUCUUAGGCCAGCCCUGCUGCAGGCUUUGCAGUGGAUCAGCGUGGACAACGUGGCUAAUGGGCCGGGACAAGGUCACGCUGCAGCAGCGGCCAGCUCGCUCCCCGUGGUUCUGAAGCUGCUUUGUCUGACGCAGGCCAGUGACCCGCCUUCAUCCUCCAUCUACAGCAACAUGGAGGGAGUGUGUUUCAAGCUGCUCUAUCACGUGAGUAGCCUAGCUGGGAUGCUGAAGCCUACUAACACAGAGAGCCUGCUGCCUGCCUUCAACUUCUUGCAGUGCUGCCUGAGUCUGUCCCCAGCACACAGCAGUGACCGAGCGGUCUCCGUGUUGCUCUCCAACGGUGCACUGAUGGACCAGCUGCAGACAGUCGUCUCUUCCUCCUCCUCUUCGUCUUCCUCCUCCGCUCCGUCCCCCCUUCCGCCCUCCUGUCCUCCUUUGGCUCUGCUGUGCUGCAGCCAUCUUCUCCUAUCCUCCCUCAUUACCUUGCAGCGCGUUCACUCCACUCAGGUUCAUAAGAGUGUUAUUUGGAGUCUGGACACGGCUGUGCACCGACUGUUUUGCCAAAAACGAAACACAGACAAUCUCCUGCUGGUCAGCUACCUUCGGAUGCUGCAGGCUUUGCUUGAUGCUGACCUGGCGUCACCAGUGGUGUGUCUGAGCACCGGUCCUGGACUAGUCGGGCCCCGGCCUCUGGAGCCUGACGAUGGAGCGCUGUACCCGCUUGGCUCGACGGGGGCCCAGUGCCUCCUAAUCACUCUCAGCGGUCUUCUUAUGCAGAAACACGAGUUGCUGCUGAGAGCGUCGGUCAACUGUCUGAGCUCCCUCCUGGGCUUCCUGAAAAGAAAGAAUCCUGAUUUAGCCAAGCAGGCGGUGUGUCAGCCUUGGUCUCAGUUCCUCCUCUACUGCAAUUUCAGCUCAGGAGAGAAAUGCCUUCUGCACCCCGCUCUUCUCAGACUCCUCACACUUUUGUUGCAGUACGGCAGCACAGCGGUCCUGUGGGAGCCGGACCUGCUCCGUGUGAUUGAUACUGUGGAGAGGAGUGGGAUAAAGGAGCUCAACCACGAGGCGGCACAGGCGCUAAGGUUGCUUCUUGCACAGAUCCAGAGCAGCGUUCCACUUCCUACGGAGGACCACAAGCUGAGAGUGAGAAAAAUGGCGGAGUCGCUCGGACCACAGGCAUCUGCUGAGAACCGCAGCGUGUCCAACAUUUUAAACGUCGGUGAUGUGUCCCUCUUCGCUCAGCAGAUGACGAUGAGGGGUUUUUUUUGUUGAAGGGAGAAGAAAAAAUAACAAAACGAUCUGACAUUGUCUGUGCAGAGACGAAGGCCUUCGCUGCCAAAAAGGAGCAGAUGUUGGUGUCGCUCCUGAGAGCAAGAAAUGUCAUUUUAGAACAGAAAAUAUCCUUGGUGACAUUUUUCUGCAACAAUUUGCUGUAUUUGCUGCUCGUGGAUUGUUGUUUGGGUGAAAUAAACCAUCGCUGCUGUUGUUCAUGA